UAUGAGAUUUUGCAAUUGUUAGCCAAACAGAAGAAAGUAUGCUGCGUGCCUUGAGGUCGGUCAGGAGUGGGCUGCACGCCACCUAUCUGGAGAGCUACUUCAUCUCUCAGUGUGACAAGUUGUCUUCAAAAUGGCUUACAAGAGGCCUACAUAGCGCACCAGCAGAAGAUGUGGCGGAGGAUGCAGGAGUGACUGCAGCAGUGGGUGCUCGAAGCGGUGAACACCCAAACAAGAGCAACAGGAAUCAAGAGGUUAGGCCAUUUACCUCAAUACCAGGGCCGAAGCCUCUCCCGCUGCUGGGAAACAAGCUCUUCUUCACAACUAUAGUGGAAAGGUACUGGGAGAGUGUACAACGAAUCUACGAGAAGUAUGGUCCCGUGGUGAAAGUGGAGCGUUUCUCCGGCAGUCUGGACAUGGUGAUAGCGUUCCGCCCAGAAGACACCAGGAAAAUGUUUCAGGCAGAGGGAAUCUACCCAAUGCGCCCAGGCCUUGGCAUCCUCACCCACUACCGAUCCAAGCGUCCCCAGUGGUUCUCCUCUCCUGGCCUGGUCCCAGGGAACGGGCCAGAAUGGCGUCGCCUUCGUAGUGUCAUCCAUCCUUUGCUUCGACGAGAGGUAAUUAACUCCUACCGGCCAGCUCAGACUGAAGUUGCCAACGAUCUGGUUCGUGCUAUUGCUGCCAGUAAUCAACACAACACCAAACAAGAUCCCUCAAGACACAUAAUCUCCGACACCCUUAGUAUUCUUUUUCAUUACACUUUGGAAGCCGUUGGCGUGGUGUCUCUGGGUAUGCGUCUGGGCUGUCUCGCUUCUACCUCCGCCAACUGCCAAGCCCAAAGUAUCAUCAAAGCGAACAUAGAGGUACUGAAUGUACUCGGUGAGUCCAUGCUCCAACCGCCGCUAUACAAAUUAUUUCCGACCAGAGGUUACCGUCGCUUGAGCGCUGCUCAGGACACCAUCUGUAGGCAGGUGGAUGUGGAGGUAGCUCGGCGAAGAGAGGAGCUGGCAUUGGAUCCUGAAGGAUUUACCCAACGACAUCCCUUCCUGGCAAGCCUUAUGAACAAUCCUGACCUGUCCUCGCAAGACGUAUUCCUCCUGCUGAUUGAAACCUUACAGGGUGGUAUAGAUGCGACCGCCACCACUCUUGGGUUCUGUCUUUACUUUCUGGCGGGCCACCCUGCCGUUCAGGACAAGCUGCUGAAAGAGGUACAGCACGUCCAGCCCGAGAUCCACACUCUUCAGGGUCUGCCAUACCUGCGGGCUGUGGUGCAGGAAACACUUCGGUUGCGUCCCUCCGCUGCCGCUCGCAGCAGGGUUAUUCAGGAAGACACGAUAAUAUCCGGCUACUGUGUGCCCGCUGGGACCUUCGUCGUUUCGCCACCUAAUGUUGCAUGUUACGACCCACAAAUCUUUCCGGAGCCUGAGACCUUCAAGCCUGAUCGCUGGCUCAAGAAACGUGGCAGUGCAUUGAACACAACUGAUGUAUUGUCUAUGUCCUCAGAUGUUGAGAACAAGGCAAUUGGAGAAAAGAUUGAUCCCUAUACUGUAGUGGCCUUUGGUCAUGGGGCCCGAAUGUGUCCUGGCAGGCGUCUGGCAGAACAGGAAAUUUUUCUGGCUCUCAUACAGCUUGUCAAGUCCUACAAAAUGGAGUUGGCUCACCCAGGGAAGGUUGUUGGACAAGUGAUGAGGCUCAACAUGAUGCCGGACACCCCUCUGGCUAUCGUCUUCAUACCGCACUAGACUAGGUAACAUAUCUUUGAUUUUUCAGCAGAAAUGUGUCAUGUUGUGAACAGAUUUUUACAGUUAAUUCCACUGUCCAAGCUCAUGAUGAACUGAAUGGACUUGCUAGAGCUGCCCACAGUCAUUUCAAGAAAAUUCUGUACAACAGGGAAACUUAGCAGAAUGCUGUGAUCACUUGUUCCUUGAAGUUUUCAGUAUUUUAAUAGAUGGCACAGCAAAUGCCAUCCAUCUCUAUGCUUACAUCCAUGUGUGUACUUAAGGGUGAAAUUGUACACGGAAACUGCCAUGGCUGAGAGGCAUAUACAAAAUUACUGGUAUUUAAUACCAUGUAUAUAUAAAGGAUAAAGA